AUGUUAUUUCUGGCUGACAUCGAUUUUGACGAGAAUUUUAGCCCAAUUGUCAAACCAGCCACUGUUCGAACCGUUCUCAGUAAUGCGCUCUCACGAUCAUGGCCAAUCCACCAGUUUGAUGUGAAAAAUGCAUUCUUACAUGGCAAUCUCUCUGAAACUGUCUACUGCGAGCAACCUCCCGGAUUCGUCGAUCCAUCUCGCCCCACUCACGUGUGUCGUCUCAACAAAGCACUCUACGGUCUCAAGCAUGCACCACGUGCUUGGUAUAAGCGUUUUGCCUCUCACAUUACUACCAUGGGGUUCAGAGAAUCCAAGUCCGACACUUCACUCUUUGUGUACUGUCGCAUCAAUUCACGCGACUGGGCUAUUUCUCUCUCAAUGCAAUUGUCUUCGACCACUGGAGCCCCCGUUGCUGACCCUACUCUUUAUCGCAGCCUUGCCGCUGCACUGCAAUACCUCACGUGUAUUCGUCCCGACAUUUGCUGUGAUGUGCAACAAAUAUGUCUAUUCAUGCAUGAUCCGAGGGAACCUCAUAUGGCUGCUCUCAAGCGUAUCCUUCGCUACAUUCGUGGCACUCUCGACCACGGCCUUCACCUCUCCCCCAAUCCGGACCUCUCUCUUAUCGCUUACUCUGACGCCGACUGGGGUGGCUGUCCUGACACUUGUCGUUCGACAUCGGGCUAUUGCGUUUUCCUUGGCAACAACCUCAUCUCUUGGUCCUCCAAACAACAGGUCACUACUUCUCGAUCUAGUGCGGAGGCUGAAUAUUGA